GCAAACGUUGCCACCCCUGGUUCAGAUAAUGCCACCCUGGUUUUUGUUUUGUAAAGUGAAAUUGUUGCAAGUCAAACAACAAUAACAAAAAGCAUAAAAAACGCAUUAAAAUCGUCAAAAACUCUUGGCUAAACAAGUAGAGCACGGCGACAACUGCAAGUGGGUGAACAAAUGACCACCGCCGCCUCCACAUCGCAGCAUGCGACAUCGUCCUCCACAAUGAUGGCGGGCUCAGGAUCCCUGGCUACCGCCGGAGCCGCCCCCACGACCACGCCCAGCAGCUCGGCGGUCCGGGCCCUGGCCAUGGAGUACAAGUCGUUGCAGGAGGAGCCGGUGGAGGGAUUCCGCGUCAAGCUGAUCAACGACGACAAUCUGUUCGAAUGGGAGGUGGCCAUCUUCGGGCCACCGGACACCCUCUAUCAGGGCGGCUACUUCAAGGCGCACAUGAAGUUCCCGCACGACUACCCGUACUCACCGCCAUCCAUACGCUUCCUGACCAAGGUCUGGCAUCCGAAUGUCUACGAGAACGGGGAUCUGUGCAUAUCCAUACUGCAUCCGCCGGUGGACGAUCCGCAGAGCGGGGAGCUGCCCUGCGAGCGCUGGAAUCCCACGCAGAACGUGCGCACCAUCCUGCUGUCGGUCAUCUCGCUGCUCAACGAGCCCAACACAUUCUCGCCGGCCAAUGUGGACGCCUCGGUCAUGUACCGCCGAUGGCGGGACUCACAGGGUAAGGACAAUGAGUAUCCUAACAUCAUACGCAAACAGGCCUUGGCGGCCAAUGCCGAGGCCAAGCGUGAGGGCAUUGUGGUGCCGAUGACACUCGAGGACUAUUGCCUGAAGCCCACGCGCAAGCCCACAACGGAAUCUGGCCUGGAUGCCAAUUUCUACGAUGAUGACUUCGAUCUGGAGACGGAGGACGAUCUGCCCUCCGAUGAUGACUUCGAUGAGGACGACGACGAUGAGGAUGAGGACGAGGAUGAGGACAGUGCCACGGCGUCGAUUAGCAAAAAUAAUGGCGGCAGCAGCAAGUGCAAGAACAACGGGCUGGGCAGAGAGGCGGCUGCUGCCGGAGCGGACGAUGCCGAGUCCGCCGACGACAGCGGCAAGGGCGAGACCACAUAAUGCAGCCAGGCCGGGGUCGCGUCAUCUCUUCCUCCCACUCCUGCCCUAGGCGGCGAGCCACCGCCUUUUCAUUUCUCCAACAUUAUUACUAUGAUUAAUGCUAAUUAUAAACGUUUCAAAACUAAACCGAACAACUGAGAACACAAUUAUUUACCUAGUUUAUACGAGGGUAGUUGAAACCAUGGUCCUAAGCUGAUUUUACCUACUCGAUUUUACUUUGAUAACUAAGAUGAUUCGUAUAAGCUAUUGGUAUAGAAGGGCUAUCUCAAUUUCCAGCCUGUGGAAUGCAAUUAAUAUAGUUCAGGGACUUCUCCAAAUCCUUUUAUGCAGCUAAUAAUACAGAAACAACAUGAUUCAAACAGAACUCAACCAGUAACUGAUUAUCAAUAUACACGAUAUAUACAGCAUAUGUACUAGGAAUAAAUUAAUGAUUAAAAAUAUACAUACACACAUUUUUAUGAACGAAAACGAACAACAAAUGUCCCAACUCGAGACACGACAUCCUAUCGUACACACUGACACAGAGCAUCAGGCGAACAACCGCAUAACAUACACAUAGUGAACAAUCAAUGGAUUUCAAGAGUAAAAGCAAAUACGGAACCUAGCGAUUAAGCCAUUUUUAAGUGCAAAAUUGACAGAGUAAGUUAUAAACCAACAAUUGCAAUAUAGAAACGAAGAACCGCAUUGUAUAAACAGUAACAUAAUUGCAACAAAGAUAAAUAAGCCAAA